AUGGGCAGAAACCCUAGUACCAGUAAAGAUGGAUUGAAGUUCAAGAAAGGAGCUUGGUCGGCUCUUGAAGACAAAAUCCUCAUCGAUUACGUCAAAGUUCAUGGUCAAGGGAGAUGGAGCAAAGUUUGUAAGGCAACAGGCCUCAAGAGGUGUGGAAAGAGCUGUAGGCUCCGGUGGUUAAAUUACUUAAGACCAGAUAUCAAGAGAGGAAACAUAUCACCUGAAGAAGAAGAGCUCAUCAUUAGGCUCCAUAAGCUCCUGGGCAACAGGUGGGUUCUUAUCGCGGGAAGGCUUCCUGGCCGAACAGAUAAUGAGAUAAAGAAUUACUGGAACUCCACCAUAAAGAAGAAGCUAGCCCAAGACAACAACGACCCACCAAUGAACUCAAAGUGCGAGGAUGACAAGCUCACAAAGAACGAGCCCCAGGACGAGACCGUGGCGGCCAAAACACAAUGCAACGUGGAUUUUGACAGUAAGCCGUGUAGCACAAAAGGUGUUGUUUCAGAUAGAAUGAUGGCAAUAGUUGAAGGGAAGGGUCAAGGAGAAGAUCGCGAGGACGACAUGAUUUCAUGGGAAAACAUGAUGAUGGACCUCAGUUUGGAGGAUAUGUGCAUGUCUGGGAAUCAGUACUCUCAGCUCUUUGAAGACAAUGAAGAUGGAGGGGAUCAAAACGGGUGGAUUUCUGAUGAAAUGCUGCCUGAAUGGGUUGCUGAGUUGAUGAGGUGA